AUGGCUCUCUUCCGGAAGUUCAACGAAAAGAUCCCUCGAAGAGGAAUCCUGGGGGCGAUGAUGUUUCUGGCGUGUAUGUUUUCCUACGUCAUUCGUACCAAUUUAUCUAUAACUAUUGUAGCCAUGGUAAACGCUACAAGUAAAAACGGUAGCGUCGGGCCAGCGUGUACUGUAGCGGACUUUAAAAGCAAUAAUACCGCCGAACUCAAAGACUUUGGAGAGCGUUUCGAAUGGAAUCAACAUAUCCAAGGGCUGUUACUAUCGGGAUACUUUUACGGUGUCCUGCCGGCUAGUGUACCAGCUGGACUCUUAGCCGAAAAGUACGGAGGCUCUAAAGUAGUAGCAUUUGCCACGUUGAUACCCGCAGUAUUAAAUCUUCUGAUGCCUUGGGCUGCUACUGUCCAUUACGGCUUUGUUUUCGCCCUCCGUUUUGUAAUGGGAUUUUUUGGAGGCGCCGUUUAUCCUGCUCUUCAUGCGAUGAUUGCUAGGUGGGUGCCGCCUGGCGAGAAAGGCAUGUUUGUGUGGACUAUGCAAGGUGGUCCAUUUGGAACUGUAGUAACAUUCGCUUUAUGUGGUGCGGUAAUCAGUGCUUACGGAUGGAAAGCUGCAUUUUACGUUACAAGUGGGCUUAUGUUAGUUUUUUAUGCUUUAUGGGUAUUUCUAAUAUACGAUACACCAGAGUUGCAUCCUGGUAUCACGGAGAAGGAGAAAACGUACAUAAAGGAACAAAUAGGCACUACCGUCUCGAAGCAAAAGGUUCAGCUACCAGUAAAAUCGGUUGCUACAUCUCUACCGUUUUUAGUACUAUUAUGGGCUCACUUUGCAAACAUGUGGGGUAUUUAUUUCAUUGCUACAAACGGACCCAAAUACACAUUGGAAGUUCUUGGUUUUAACAUGAAAUCGGGUGGCGCAAUAACUGGCUUACCUUAUAUAGCUAGACUCGGCGCUGGAGUGUUAUUCGCAGCAGCGGGUGAUUAUGUGCGAAGAAGGAAUUUCUUAUCUUUAACCUGGAUAAGGAAGAUAUUUAUGCUGUUCUCUCACAUGGGACCUGCAGCUUGUCUGGUAGUGAUGACAUAUGUCGGUUGCGAUGCCACAACUGCGAUAAUAAUGUUAAUAUUGGCGUUGGCCUUCAAUGGGGCCGCUUGCCAGACCAGCUUACAGAACCAUCAAGACCUGGCACCGAACUAUGCCGGUUCUUUGUACGGAAUUAUGAAUACAUUUGGCAGUUUCCCCGGAUUCAUCAUUCCACCUAUUAUCGGCGUUUUAACCAAUGAAAGGAACGGUGUAGAGGAAUGGCGUAUAAUGUUUUGGAUAUCGGCGGUAGUGUUUACAUCGGCAACGGUUCUCUUUUGGCUAUUUGGAUCUGCGGAAAUUCAGCCAUGGAACGAUUCGACACAUACUAAAGUGCCUACUGUUUCCGAUGAAGAAAAACAGAUAAAUGAAACGACGACGAAAGAUGCGGUUGAUACAGAAGCUGAGGAAAAUGAACGUCUCUAGUGAGUUAAGAAAUGAAUAAAUUAAAGAAAAAAAAAAAUAUAUAUAUAUCCACAUGUACAAAGAUUAAUUAGUUCAAUGUCGGGAAGAGAGUGCAUCUGAGGUUACUGUAAAAUUUAAUCUUUGUUAGAAUGUCAUAUUUUAUACAUGAUUACAGACCAACGUUUGUACAGCUUUUAAUUGUUAAUGCGUAGCAUAGUAAUCGCUUAUUAAUAUACUAAAACUUGAAACAGGAGAAUGGAAAUAAUGUACACAAUAUUCGAUGUAGAAUAUUCAUUAUCAUAAUACAUUUAGAAUAUUCAGUUGCAGAUACACGUUGCCAGAAUAUCACGACAUAUCUUUUGUCUUAAUCCGAUUAAUUUUUUUUUUACGUGAAGUUAUUUUUCACGCUCUUUUUUUACUGUUACUAUGUAAGACUGUGAGAGUUAAAAAUUUAGAUUUUGUACACUUUUUGUAACUCUCAAACUUGUAUAAGUUUGUAUAAUCUCAAAUGCUUAAGUAUUUAUAUGUCUGAUAUUACGCUUUUGUCGCAUUCGUACACUUGAUUGUCACGAUCGUAAUCGUUAAAUACCCACGGAAGAGUAAACGUGGUAUUCAAACAAUGUAAUGUAUCAAAAUGUAAGAAUACUCUGUAGUGCAUUUUUUAUUUCGUGCCAAAGUACACGUAUGUUGCUCUCAUUAAACACUCGAGGAAACUGUCGAUAUAUCUAAUACUAGGUUGAGGAACCUUGGCACUACCUUCGGGUCAAUAGACGGUCAAGGUUACUCGAUAUUAUAAAUACAUUACAGUAGGUACAUUAAAUCAAUAUAUAUGAUUCUUGUUAUACGUAAUAAACAUUUUUUUUGCGAAGCGAUUUCAUAACUGUGAUAAACAUUGGCAGUAAUUUACGCACAACGGUUCAAUCGCGAUUAACAUGAUCUCAGUUCUUUGAGGUCAUGUACCAUUUCAAAGGCAUUUUAAACAAAUACAAAAUACAUUGAAUACGAGAUUGCUCUUUACGUAAUAAUUUUUUGAGCCUCAUUGAUCGCGUAUAACAAGAAAUCUUCUUAUAUAUUCUUCCCGUCGUUUACGAGCGCUCAAAUGUGUACAAAUGUGUAACUGUAGCGAUAAAAGCAACUCAUCUUCUAAUUUUCUUUUAUCAGAUGUGUGUCUGUGAGAAAGAGAGGGCGAGGCGACAAUGUCAAGAUAGAAUUUUUUGCAUUCAGAGAAAGACAUUACGCUCGUGAAUAAGCGGAGAAGAAAUGCAUUGUAGAUCGUGAAAAGUGUUAUUAGUACAAUCGUACAUUAGAAAUUGUACGUUCGCACCGUAGGAAAAUAUAAGAGAUGCUAAAUGCGUUGUUCCUACAUUUGAAAAAGACGAUCAUUGUUCAAGUUGAAUUUUCAACGCGAAUGUUUAUCGUGCUGUCAAUAAUAACGUUACUACGAAUUAAGUUGAAAUCCGUGUGAAGCAAGAAUUUAGCAAUAAUAUUUGUUGCUCGUGUCAGUUGUAAACAAUGAUACAUGAAGAUUACAACUCACGCUGUUUUAAAGUAAACAAAUCAUAGCGCACGUAAAUGUGCGUCAUAUUAUUAUUGAUUGUUAAGUUGUAUACAGACGUACACAUUAUUUAUAUAAUGUAUAAUACAUCUCAUAUCAUUACAUUUUUCAUACUUUUUUUCACAUGUUUCUCUAAUUAAUAAGUUAUGACAGCAUUUGUUUUAUGAAUUUUACAUAGUAAAUUAUAGCGGAUUUACACGUAUAAGAAAUAAUCGAAUAUAUUUUGUGCGAUUUCAUUACAUAAUGUAAUAAAAAAGGUCAUGUAUCCACAAAUGGUCAAAUUUAUUAUUUAUUAAAUUUUAAUUAUACAAAGUU